AUGCCUGACUCCAAUCCCGAGCGCAGUGUCCCUGUCGAUGCCGAUGCCGAUGAUAGUGGCGAUGAGGAUGUUUUCCAUGAUGCCCACUUUCCAGCUGAGGAGGAAGCCCAACUCCUAAAGGAAUCCCAAGAUAUCAAAUCCGAAGCAAAUCAGCUUUUCCUUGUCAAAAGCUACGAUCAAGCCAUCUCCUGCUACGACCGAGCACUUGCCUCAUGCCCGAGUUACCUCGAUUACGAUGUCGCCGUGCUGCAUAGUAAUAUCGCAGCCUGCUAUUUAAAAAUGGAGGACUGGAAAGCCGCGGUAGACUCGGCGACUGUCUCCAUCGAUCGCCUAGAUAAGGUGAUCCCGCCAUCUGCGCAGAUCAAGGAUGACUCGAAGGAAAAGACUACCUCCGACUCCGACGGAAAAAGCACUGAGGGUGUGGUGGAAAUAUCGGGAGACGACGAGGAGGCCGAAGAAAAAGAACUACAACGGUUGAAAGACCAGGACGAGCAGAGAAGCAAUGUGAUGCGCAUCCAGGCCAAAUCACUAAUGCGACGCGCAAAGGCAAAGUCUCAAAUUGGUGGCUGGGGCAGCUUACAAGGCGCUGUAGAAGAUUACCAGACGCUUUCUGCAAUGGAUAAUCUCCCUGCUGAUGAUAAGAGGAUUGUACAGAGGGCCUUGCGUGAAUUACCGGAGCAGAUCAAGCAGGCGCGGGAGAAGGAGAUGGGUGAUAUGAUGGGCAAGCUGAAGGAUCUUGGAAAUGGUAUCUUGAAGCCAUUUGGUCUGUCUACCGAUAACUUCAACUUUGUUCAGGACCCCAAGACCGGUGGCUACAACAUGAACUUCCAAUCAUGA